AUCCUAAACAAAAAUAAUCUCCCACUAAUGGCAUUUUCUCACACUGCACCAUCAUAGUAUAUGCAUCUGUAUAAUCUCCACUCCCGUGGCCAAAUUUGAACCCUAGUAAUGGCGGUUUCAUUAUCCCCAGUUCUCUCUCAUCCCUGCGUCAAUACCACCUCCAACCUUUCUUCGUCUUGCCCCAAUCUUGCUCUCAUCCCCGUCUCCUUCAAAUCCACAACUCCACGCCGCUCCUCCGUCAUAGUCUUCUCUUACAAAUCGAAGGAUGGACUGGCGACUGAUCAGAAGAGAGAGUUACUGGAACAAUACGGUCUCAAUCCUGAUGAGUUCUUAUCAGAACCUUCUCCAAAGAAACUGAGGAGAAAGGAGCUGCAGAAGACAGGAAGAAGAGGAAAACAAGUCCAACUAGAGGAACCUAAGCCGCCGAGGGGGACCCAUAAAUUACUUCAGGUGCUUGGAGGAAAGGCUCGAAGGAUGAAAUUGCUCUCACCAAAAGGCAUGGAUGUUCGCCCAAUGAUGGAAGUUGUGAAAGGUGCAGCCUUUGAUAUUCUGCAGGUGGCUGGUGGUUGUCCUGCAUCCUUGAGGCCGGGUCGCUGGUUAGACUUGUACAGUGGUACAGGAUCUGUUGGUAUCGAGGCUAUCAGUCGAGGAUGUUCUGAGGUGCAUUUUGUUGAGAUGGAUCCAUGGAUUGUUUCAGAUGUUCUACGGCCAAAUUUAGAAUGGACUGGGUUUCUUGAUGUAUCAGUUAUACAUACUGUCCAAGUUGAAAGGUUCUUGGAACAGGCAAAACAAUUCGUAGGUAAAGAUGGGCCUUUCGAUUAUAUAAGUGUUACACCUCCCUACACACAAGUGGAUUAUGGAGUAUUGAUGGAUCAAAUUUCAAAUUCGUUUGUAGUUGGAGAAAAUACCUUUAUAGUAGUGGAGUAUGCUUUAAGAACUGACAUGCUAGAUACAUGUGGAUGCCUCAUUAAGAUAGCAGAUCGACGGUUUGGCCGAACACAUCUUGCAAUAUAUGGACCCAGUUGGGCACUGAAAAAGAGAAAGUCGGAGAAGUCAAUUUGGCCAGCAGCAGGAAAUGUUUGAGUGGAAGUGGGAAUUGAAAAGAUACUCGGAGGUUAAUUGGUGCAGAGGAUGCCAUGGCAUGUAGUUGAUGAUCCAUUCACUGCUGUCAAAAUUGACCAAGCCACAUUGGCUAUGAUGAUGGGUGUUCAUGAUUCCAAUGGGCAUGGUAAAAUGCUAUAUGUGGCCACCAUAUUACUAAAUGUACCGAUGUAUUGUGUUGGCAUUAGCAUCUUCUAUAGAAAUUGCGGAAGAAAUAUUGCAGGUCAAUGCCUUCUGAAGGACUUUUGGAAUUCCCUACUGAUUUUUUAGGUACUAGAAGAUUGAAUCAACGCGAAGUUGAGAGGGACAUAGUUUGUUUAGAGUGUAACAAAUUUCAAUUCAACUCAAGAUGGUCUUGUCUCAACUAACUUUUCUGUAUUGAAAGUUUUUGUGGCGUCGAUAUAUAUGUAUUUACUUAUUUUCCCCUUUAAAUGAGAUUCUGAACAUUGUUACUAGAAUUCAAAGCAUUAAAUUUUUUUCCAUCAAAUUUUAA